GUACGCACAGAUAUAUCAUUCAUCUACAUCGGUCAAUAUAUUCAACUCACGUACGGAACACAAGUACCUAUAUUAAUAUUUAGAUGCACGUACAUGGCCAAUAAUCCACCUAAUUACCCUCUUCCCGCUACUGUACGCUUGGAGGAGACUACACCACGUCAUUCUGCGGCCACCGCCACCACGCCCGAUGAAACAGCACCCGAACCCGUACAAACUCCAGCCGGGUCAUCGGGUUCCCGUGGCAGGCUGAGAUAUCGGGGAGUGCGGAGCCGGAGCGGCAAAUGGGUGUCCGAAAUACGCGAGCCGCGUAAAACUACGCGCAUUUGGCUCGGUACUUACCCGACUCCAGAGAUGGCUGCAGCCGCCUACGACGUGGCGGCGCUGGCCUUGAAAGGCCCCGACACGACCCUCAACUUUCCCAAUUCCAUUCUCUCGUACCCGAGCCCGGCGUCGACGUCGGCGGCCGAUAUACAAGCUGCGGCGGCGAGUGCGGCGGAGGGCAUGGCGCUGAAGCCGCCGGAGACAAAGCCGUCGGAAAAUGAGGUUUCGACGAGUAGCAGCGGUCGGGUGGGCGAGGAGUUCAUCGACGAGGAAGAGCUUCUGAACAUGCCGAAUCUGCUGGUUGACAUGGCGGAGGGGAUGCUCGUGAGCCCACCGAGGAUGGAGUCGAAGUCGUCCGACGGCUCAGAUGGAGAGGAGUUGUGGAGUUACUGAGAAGGCUUAGAUCGGAGGAGAGAGACAUAAUAUUGCCGCCAUGUAAUGGUUUAGGUUCAAGUAUUUUCCAUUACAUACUACUUUUCGUGUGGGUUUUUUUUUUCUUUUCCUUUUUUGAUCUUCCGAUUAGGCUUUCGAUUAGCUCCCUCAUGCUGGGUUUUGUACUGCUGCAGUGAGCUAUGUGUCAGGGGAUUAAUUCUAUGUAUUUUUCUUUCUGUUUCUUUAGGUGACUGUUAGAAUUAUUAUAAUCGAUCAUAAACUUUUUUUUUU